AUGGCGGAGCAGCUAUUGAACCGUUUAAUAAAUGCAGUUGAAAAUAUUAGAUCUGCAAAUAAUGGCACCGGAACUAAUCAAAACCGUGAAAGGAAUGAAUCAGUGGAGAGUGAAAUAAAUCACUUGUUUCCUAGCGUUGCUUCAGUGAGACAAAACAACCAGUCAAGUUUGUCCCAAUCGUCUGUGACUACCAGCAGAUUAGAUGCUGAUCCUGACCGUGUAGCGCGAACAAAUACGUUCAACCCAACACAGAAUUAUAGAGCUUCUAAAAGCAGAAAAAAACAGUCGUCCAAUCGAAGUCAGAAACGAAAACGUGAUGAAUGUGAGAAGGGAAACAGUUCCAAAUCGGCCAUUCUCAAAGAUGUCAUUAUGUUACCAUCGCCUGACAUAAAGGUCGUGCCUCGGGGUUGGAAAAGAGAAAAGCUGUACGAAAAAAUGUUUGCCGUUUCAGCUGUGGAAAUUCACGAAAGUAUGAGCGAAGGCGAUGUAAGGCAAAUUUUUAACAACAUUUAUGAAAAGAAAAUCGCUGGCCUUUCAGAGCCGAAGUUCAAUUUCGUCAGAGCAGUUGGCAACAAAAUCAUAGAUCCAGGCUGCAAGUCCUAUGAUGGAAAGGUGAUCAAGUACCUUUCAAAACAAGGGCCAAUAUACAUCAGAGCAACACAGAACAUUUCUUCAGGAUUACAAAUUCUAAACGAGAAUGAGCACACGUCUGAUGAAAGCAAUAGUGAUGAUAAUGGCGAAGAACAGUCAGUUGCAGGGCCAAGCCCACGGCCCCAUGAUGAAGCACACACCGAAGGUGACGGGAUUGAAGAAGCUGAUGAAAAUAGUGAUGAUGAUGUGCUGUUUGUCUCAGCAUUUGGAUCCAAUGAUGAUGCACCUGUGCUAAUGAAUGAAACCUUCCCUGUCACAUUGGUUAACUGCCCAACAUGCACCAUGUCCUUUCCUUCGGAUGAAAUUGCUGAGCAUGCAGAUAGGUGUGCAGAUGCUGCUGAAGGGCUCUUGCAAAGCCAAGUAACAUAUGGAAGCCUUAUGAUGCAGGAGAUGGAUAUACCUGAAGUAGUUUUUGAAUCAUCUUCUAAUGAUGGAAGUGCAACAACCAUUGUGGAAUGCCUGGCUACUCUGAGAAGAAAUGUCAAGGAAGAAAUUACAAAAAUUUAUGUGAGAAGAAAGCGAUUAUGGGAGGACUUU